ACUUUUUUCUACAUUUUUUGUCCUUUUUUUUUAUUUUAUUUUAUUUUAUUUUAUUUAUUUUACGUUAUACAAGAAAAAUGCUUUUUAAUAAGAAAAAUGCUCAAGAAGAUAAGUAUUGGAUUGUAGAUGAAGUAUUAUCUGCAACGAAUUAUUAUCAAGUACUAGGAGUUCGAAAAUAUGCAUCUUCUAAAGAGAUUAGAAAGGCCUAUAUUAAGAAAUGUAGAAUCUGUCAUCCUGAUAAAUUUGUACCUGCUUAUCCUAAAGCAACUGAAAGUUUUCAAAUGUUAGCUAUUGCUUAUGAAACACUUAGUGAUUCAAGAGCUAGAAUGCGAUAUGAUAUAUCACCAAAGAAGUUUUCUUAUACUACAGUGAAGAAUCAAAAGACUGAUGCUCAUGCUACAUUUCAACUUUUAUUGCAACAGGUCUAUGCUGAAUUAUUAAAUGGCGAAUUUGAAACUAUAAAAGCAUUUAUACGUACCAUAAAUGGCACAUUCUCUGGUAUACAUAUUUCAGAAGAAUAUAUUAAUCAAAUGGAACGUGGAUUUGAAAGAUUACGUGAAUUUCUUCAAUCUACACACUAUUAUUUCAAAUUAAUUCGAUUUGAAUUAUUAAAGUUAUAUGAAUUACAACUGGAAUUUCGAUCUCUCUCUUAUUUUAGUUUAUGGAAACGUAUGAAGAUAGCCUUGGCUAUUUUAAAGAUUAUAGUACGAUUACCUAUGAUGAUCAAUGAAGAAGUAAAAAUGAGAGAAGGAUCUUCAAAGGCAUCUUCGAAUAAUGAUACCAACACUGCUACCAUGAAUAAUGAUUCUACUUUCAAAACGAACGCUAAGAACCAUCCUAACACUACUGAUGCUACUUCAAAUAGUAGUAACAAUAAUAAUAAUAAUAAUAAUAAUAAUAAUAAUUCCACUAAGAAUCAUGAUCGUACUUUCUUCAAUAAUACCACGAAUCAUGAUAAACAAAAUGAAGGACAAAAACGAAUGAGUAAAUCUUUAUAUAAUUACAUUAGAUAUGCUUUACAUCUAAGUAAUAGCGUAUUAGACAUUGGUGGAAAAAUCAUGACUAGAUUAUUAUGGUAACGCAAUUCAUUAUUAAUACUUUUAAACUUUUAUAUACAAAUAUAUAUAAAAAGUUUGUUACAAUAAAUCAUUUUAUUAUUAUUAUUAUUAAAU